AUGGCCACGCGGGUCGAGGUGGGCUCCAUAACGCCCUUGACAGCCGUGCCAGGCCUGGGUGAGAUUGGCAAGGAGGAGACCCUGACGAGGACCUACUUCCUCCAGGCCGGCGAAGCCUCUGGGGCUCCUCCAGCCCGGAUCUUGGAAGCAAAGAGCCCCCUGCGGAGCCCGGCCCGCUUACUCCCUCUGCCAAGGCUCGCCCCCAAACCCUUCUCGAAGGAGCAGGACGUGAAAUCUCCUGUCCCAUCUCUGCGGCCCAUUUCAACUGGACCUUCUUCCUCUGGGGGGCUCUCUGAGGAGCCAGCAGCAAAGGAUCUGGACAAGAGGAUGCCUGGCUUGGUGGGGCAGGAGGUGGGCAGUGGGGAGGGCCCGAGGACGGGCUCGCCCCUCUUCAACAAGGCUGUGUUCCCGCGGCCCAGCCCCAACACCAUGAUUCUCUUCGAAACCACCAAAAGCGGCCCCACUGUGGGGAAGGCGGUCCGUGAGGGGGCCGAGGAGGCCAAGCCGGGUGUGUCUGGCUCCCGGCCUGAGGUGGCCGCCAAGCCCGCCCUGCUCACCCGAAAGCCUGCAGGGACCCUUCCCCGGUCAGGCCCCCUGUCUCAGGACACAAAGUCACCUGUACCCCAGGAGGAGGCAGGCCAAGACCAGCCUCCCUUAAAGGCCAGCAGUGUGGAGGACACGGCACGCCCCGUUGUGGAGCCCAGGCCUCGCCUGAAGAGGAGGCCCGUGUCUGCCAUUUUCACGGAGUUCAUUCAGCCUCAGAAGCCAGGCCCUGGUGCAGCGGCCACAGUGGGUAAAGUGCCCCCCACCCCUCCCGAGAAGACAUGGGUGAGGAAGCCCAGGCCCUUGUCCAUGGACCUCACGGCCCGGUUUGAGAACAAAGAGGCCUUGCUGAGGAAAGUGGCCGAUGAAGGAAGUGGAGCCCCAGCAGGGGACAUGGCUGGGCUAGAGAGGCCCAGAGCAGCGUCCAAGCUGGACAGGGAGUGUUUGGUCAAGGCGGAGGCUCCUCUUCAUGAUCCUGAUUCGGACUUCCUAGAGGUGGCCAAGAAAAUCCGUGAACAGAAGGAGAAGAUGCUUUCGAAGCCAGAGACGGGCAGCCCCAGAGCCCUGGGGGGCUCAGCCAGGGUCACCCCCAGCAAUGACCAGAGUUCCCGGGAAGAAAGGGCCAAGCUGGACCCAGAGCCAGAGAAGGCUGCUGAGUCCCCCUCGCCCAGGCUGGGAAGGGGUCUAGAACUUGCUGAGGUUAAGAGCAGAAUGGCGGACGGGGAGGCCCCGGCAGGGGGAGAGUGGGCCUCUAGGAGGAGCGUCAGGAAGUGCAUCAACCUGUUUCGGGAGGACAGCACCUUGGCCUUGGCAGUGGGGUCUGAACCCUGCCUGGCUGCCCCCGCGUCCCUACUGGUGGCACCAGAGCCGGAGAAAGGGGUUGUCAGCGUCCAGGAGCGGAUCAGAGGCUGGACUGCCGAGAGCUCCGAGGCCAAGCCCGAGGUCAGGAGGAGGACGUUCCAGGCUCGGCCACUGUCGGCGGAUUUGACCAAAUUGUUUUCAAGUUCAGCUUCAAGCAACGAAGUGAAAUAUGAGAAGAGUGCCGAGCUGAGCGGCGAGUUUCCUAAGGAACCGAGAGAAAAGCAAAAGGAGGGGCAUGGUUUGGAUGGAAGCCCCUGGAAGCCUGGGACACUCCGGGAGAAGUCCAGGCAGACGGAGCGGAAGGUUAGCUCUAACCAAGACCCGGACAGCUGCCGCGGUGGAAGCUCAGUGGAGGCGCCGUGCCCUUCUGACGUCACUCCAGAAGAUGAUCGGAGCUUCCAGACUGUGUGGGCCACAGUGUUUGAGCACCAUGUGGAGAGACACACAGUGGCUGACCAGUCUGGACAUUGUCUCUCCACCACACCCCCUGGUGACACGGCCAGUGCCCGUGUCUCAGAACCCAGGCCGAGGCCUGAGAUGGGCUCUUGGCUGGGCAGGGACCCACCAGACAUGACAAAACUCAAGAAAGAGAAUGCCAAAGGGUUUGACAAUCCCGAGAUGGAGAAAUUGGGACGAACCGCCCUUUUGAACGGUGAACUGAGACCGUUUCACACGCCUCUCCGGGAAAAAUAUCCUUUGGCUGAGAACCGCAAUAAUAACACCUUCCUCAAACACUGGGAAAAUCCUCCCCCAUCGCAGAGGAUUGAGCCCAGGUAUGACGUUGUGCAUGCAGUGGGGGAGCGUGUGCACAGCGAGGCCGUCUCACCGGCACCGGAGGAGAAAGCGGUCACACUCCGCAGCCGCAGGUCUUGGCUCUCACUGAAAGACAGGCAGCUGUCCCAGGAGGUCACCCCUGCUGACCUGGAGUGUGGUUUGGAAGGUCAGGCAGGGUCCGUCCAAAGGGCCAGUUUGAUUUGGGAAGCUCGAGGCAUGCCUGAGGCUAGUGGGCCGAAGUCUGGGGGCAAUUGCCUGUCGCCCAAAUGGACAGGCGGGGCGGUGGUGAGCUCGCACAAAGCCACCGUGGGGGUCAGUGAAGAGCACUGUGCUCCCGGGGCCACCUCUGUCCGGGCUGUCAAGGCUGCCGUCUGGGAAAGCCAGCAUGAGGGGCCAGAAGGGGCCAGAAGCAAGCCAGGAGAAGGAGCAAGGGGCCCACCCCAGGGAUGCCCCCUAGAUCCUCCUUCCAGACCUGCGAAUGAGCCUUCUGACUGCCAAGCACGAACACAUCCAGAUGCAUUUGCUGUGCAGAAAGGGCCCUUCGUUGUAGCUGCCAGGGAGGGUGAUCCAAGGCCGGCCCAGGCGCCACAGCUUGCAGUCAAAAUGCGGAAAGCCAGCCCCACGGACCAGAGAAUGGACAGAUGGCGGCGGCGGACUUUACCCCCCAACGUGAAGUUUGAUACAUUCAGUUCUCUCGUCCCAGAGGACUCUCCACAUGUGGGGCACAGACGAACAGAUUAUGUGAGCCCCACAGCCAGUGCCUUAAGAAAACCUCAACUAUCCCACUACAUGGUGGAGACCCAGGAGGUUACCCCAGGCGCUUCAUGGGAUCAGACCUCCCCAGCAGUGAAGCAAGGGUCACCUGUGGAACCCAAGGCGACAUUUUUUGCAGUCACCUAUCAGAUUCCCAGUACUCAAAAGGCAAAGGGUGUGGUUCUGUCAGGGGCUGAAAACUUGCUGGAACAUUCUAGAAAAAUCACUCCACCCCCAUCUCCUCAUUCUUUAACAUCUACUUUGGUUUCUCUUGGUCAUGAAGAGGCAUUGGAGAUGGCAGGCAGUAAAAACUGGACGAAGGGACGAGAGCAUGAAAACGCAAGCAUUUUAAAAACUCUGAAGCCAACAGACCGUCUAUCAUCUCUUGGGGCCAGGAGUCUGGAGCCUUUCACUGGAAGAAUCAUUGAUGUGGAUGCCUUAUGGAGUCAUCGGGGAUCAGAAGAUGGCCCUCGUCCUCAAAACAAUUGGAAGGAAAGUGCGAACAAGAUUUCCCCCAGCGGUGAAGCUCCCCAAACCACCCCGACUCUGAGGAGUCGCCCAAAAGAUCUCCCUGUGAGAAGGAAGACUGAUGUGAUCAGUGAGACGUUCCCAGGUAAAAUCAGAGACGGGUACAGAUCCAGCGUUCUUGACAUUGAUGCCCUGAUGGCGGAGUACCAGGAGCUGUCGCUGAAGGUCCCUGGGGAGGCUCAGGAGAGGAGGAGGAGUCCCACAGCAGAGUCCAGUACAUUGCCUCGGGAGAGGCCUGUUCAGCCAGGUGGGGCGGAGCAGAGAAGGAGGAGCCUGAAGGAGGUGCCCGAUACCGGGGGUCUCUGGAAACCGGCCAGCUUUGCUGAAAUAAACCACAGUUUCACUCCUGGCUUAGGCAAGCAGCCAGCAGAGACCUCAGAGACAGCCAUGGGCACCAAAUCUAGUCCUCCCUUCUGGGCUCUGCCACCCUCGGCUCCUUCUGAAAAGUAUCCAGGGAGGGGCUCUCCUAUCUUUGUGGAUCCCAGGAAAAAAACCUUGGGGUUCGCUGAGGAUGACAGAAAGGCCUUUGCCAGUAAAUAUCACGUUGCAAAGUGUCAGAAUUACCUGGCUGAAUCAAAGCCCUCUGCUCGGGAGGAUCCAGGCAGUGGGGUCAGAGUGUCACCCAAAUCGCCCCCCACUGACCAGAAGAAAGGGACCCCAAGGAAAUCCUCUGGGCGGGGAGAGGGCAGUGUGGCCCAGUGGGUUGACCACCCACGUGACUGUGGACGGGCGCCGCUGGAUAUCAAGAGGACCUACUCAGAGAAGGGGCCCUCUGCCAGCAUCCGAGAGGGCCUGUCCAUCAUGCAUGAAGCCAGAGAGAGGAGGCGAGAGCAGCCCAAAGGGAGGCCCAGCCUUACUGGAGAGAAUUUGGAGGCCAAAAUGGGACCCUGUUGGUGGGAGUCAGGGACUGGAGAUAGCCACAAGGUGCUGCCACGGGACCUGGAGAAGGAGGAUGCCCCCCAGGAGAAGGAGCGACUGCUCCAGCAGGUGUCGCCUGUGGCCUCGGUCCCCCGGAGAAGCCACAGCUUCUGUAAGGACAGGAGGAGCGGUCCCUUUGUGGACCAGCUGAAGCAAUGUUUCUCCCGGCGGCCCACUGAACCCAAGGACACUGACACCCUCGUGCAUGAAGCCGACAGCCAGUAUGGGACGUGGACAGAGCAGCGCCAGAGCGGGGAGAGCUUGGCCACUGAGUCCCCAGACAGCAGUGCCACAUCGACAAGGAAACAGGCCCCCAGUAGCCGUUUGUCUUCUCUGUCCUCCCAAACGGAGCCCACCUCGGCCGGGGACCAGUAUGACUGCUCCAGGGACCAGCGGAGCACCAGCGUGGACCGCUCCAGCACUGACCUGGAAUCCACCGACGGGAUGGAGGGGCCGCCCCCACCGGACGCCUGCCCUGAAAAGAGAGUGGAUGACUUCUCCUUCAUCAAUCAAACCUCAGUCCUCGACUCAAGUGCCCUGAAGACCCGGGUGCAGCUCAGCAAGAGAAGCCGCCGCCGGGCCCCCAUCUCCCACUCCCUCCGGCGCAGCCGAUUCAGUGAGUCCGAGAGCAGAUCGCCUUUGGAGGAUGAGACUGACAACACGUGGAUGUUCAAAGACUCAACGGAAGAGAAAUCACCCAGGAAGGAAGAGUCAGAUGAGGAGGAGGAGAAGCCACCCAAAGCUGAGAGGACCCCCGUCAGCCAUCCUCAGAGGAUGCCCGCGUUUCCAGGCAUGGAUCCGGCAGUGCUAAAGGCUCAGCUGCACAAGAGGCCAGAGGUGGACAGUCCCGGCGAGUCCCCCAGCUGGGCACCCCAGCCCAAGAGCCCCAAGUCCCCCUUCCAGCCUGGGGUGCUGGGCAGUCGCGUGCUGCCUUCCAGCAUGGACAAGGACGAGAGGUCGGAUGAACCCUCUCCCCAGUGGCUAAAGGAAUUGAAAUCCAAGAAGAGGCAAAGUCUUCAUGAGAACCAAGUUUGACCAGGCAGGGAACCCUGCUACGUCUACUGAACAGAAGCCUUAACCGUCAGAACCCGCAGACGGGGCCGAGCUGCUGCCGUUUCUUCCUGCACAAUGCUUACGUGCCUGGGCCCUUCCCGUUGGAUUGAGAAUGCUAUCCAGUGCCCCCGUCCUCGCCAGGCUCUCCCUGGAUCCAGACGGGAAGACCCAACCUCCAGGAGCACUCGCUCAUCUCCCCAGGCAGCACUUCAGGCUGGGAAAGGAGCCAGGCUGCCCAGAAAUGUCUACGUGGGUGGUUUUGCUUUUUAUGUAAAAAUGUGCAUUUCUACCUACUUUAGACACCUUCAUCAGCCCCAAGAACAUCAGCACGAGGCUGGAAUUGCCUCCCCAGGUUCUGAAAAACACCUGAGUUUGUGAAAGCACCUCCUUAGCCGACCCAGGGCAGGUCUUUUUUGGGAAGGACAUUUCCAAGGAAGAUCACACUGUUCAUUUCCUGCUGUAGUCUCGAUGCAAGGCAUUACCGCCGAGUUGAGGGGUUUUAUUCUUUUUUUUUGGUGAGUUCCUUCUUCCCCUCGAGGAAUCAGCAGUUCCAAUUUUUAAACGUAUCCUCCCUGAUUGUGUGUAUAUUUCUCUUUCUAGUGGGGCUGUGUGCAUCACUGGCCUGUGUUACUGUAUGUCAUUUUUGUUGGCUUUAGAAGGCGAUAAAGCAAUAAUUCAGCUAAUUUUCUUUGAAACUUGAUAUGUAUGUAUGUGUUUACGUUAAAGGAGAGGAGGAAAGAUGUGUGAAUAAUUUGUUCUGAAGUAUCCAGUCACCUCAGGUUAUCUUAUCCCUAUCCAAGCUGUUUAGAAGUUAUAAUUGUCACUCUUGUAU